AAAAACGACAGCCCACUGCCCAUGGCAUGGCAUCUGAGUGGGCUGGAGGACCUUGGCGAUGAGUUUUCUGUGUCACAAGGCAGGGGCAUCGUUGGCCCCCGCACAGACUUCAAAGUUAACGUGGAUUUCAAGGCUGAAAAGAUUGGCAUGACAAAUAAGAUCAUCCGAUUGGAGGUUUCAGAUGCAGAAAACAUCCUGGGCAUUGUUCAUGCAGAAACUAUCAAAGUCUCUGUGGAGGUCUAUGAUGUUAAUCUGAGCAUCGACAUGCCUGAAGGUCCAGAUGGCAGUGUAGAAUUUGGAACCAUUAAUGUCUUUGAUAAUAAGAAGGAAGUGCUGAGUCUGAAGAACAAAGGCUUAUAUGACAUUGAGUACAGUUUCAAGCUGACAACUGGAAGUUCCAAGAAGGGCGACUUGAAAUCUCAUUUCACUGUCCGGCCACAGAAGGGUGUGCUGAAAGCCUCCCGGCCGAAAGCCUCCCAGCCACCUGUGAAAGUUGAGAUCCUCUUCCACCCUAUGACCGAAAUGCUUCUCAAGAGCAAACCCAUCCUGCUCUGCCAGGUCUUUGAUCCCCAAGUGGGUAAAGGAGGCGAGACCGUUGCCACCAUCCCAGUGAGGGUGUCGGCGAGAGCCGUCUACAGCAAGUACAGCAUCGAGCCUGCCUCGCCCAUCGACUUCGGUCUCAUCACUAAGGGCACCAAGAAGACCCAGGUCUUAACUGUAGAGAACAAAGGCGCCCUCAACUUCAAAUUCUUCAUCCACCAAGCACCUCCACUGCAAAGUUCACAGCAAGAGGAAUCUGCCCCCUCGGUCAAGGAAAGAACGCACUCGACACAGGCUCAGCUCACUGUAGGCAUGUUCACCGUGUCCCCUUGCUCCGGCUCCGUCGGUCCUUGGGGCAAGCAAAACAUCACAGUGGAUUGCAACGCAGGAGCAGAGGGGAAAUGUGAGGAGAAGCUGUACAUUGACAUCAGCAACAGAGACCCCAAGGACAAUCCCCUCGGCAUUCCCUUUACCCUGACUGCCGAGUCCUGCUUCCCAGCACUUGUUGAAGACAUCACAUCCAUCUUUGAGAAGUACCCGAUCCACAGCAACGUCAAUCUCCACCAGACGUUACAGUCAGUGCAAGGCAACGGUGUGUUCAUCAAAGAUGACAACAAAUUCAUCUUCACCAAAGUUGUGGUUGGGCAACGGGCCACAGCUCGCUUCAAGAUCUCUAAUGCCAGCAGGCUCCCAUGUGAUGUGGUCCUCUCCAUCAAAGCCUUGCCUGGAGAGCCUCACAGCCUCAUCAGCAACAUCUUCAAGUUGGAUCCUGUUGAGAUGAGGAUUCCUGGCUUAUCCCACUCCUUUGCUACGGUGACCUUCACUCCAGAACAAAAGGAGGACUACCAGUGUACUUUCAGAGCUUCCGUUGUUAUCCCAAAAAGGUGAGUGACCCUGAGAAGUAUUGGG